CCUUCCUUCCUUCCUUCCUUCCUUCCUUCCUUCCUUCUUUCCUUCCUUCCUUCCUUCAGUCCUUCCUUCCUUCCCUCUCGCACUUGGUUUCGCGACAGUUCAACAAAAUUGUUUGUACUGCAAGUAUCUCUAUCGUGCGUGCCUCGUCAUCGAGUGUUCUGUGAAUAAAAUCGAGAUAUACGUGAAGGUAUAUCAUCAUGUCGGGGUUACUUUACACGCUUCUCGGACUCGCGGCGAGUACGAGUCUUCACUGUGCCGUGAGGCGCGAAAUAAGUCCAUGCACCUGCCGACAAGAGGAGUUCUCUAAUCCCGUUAUCAAUCCGGCUCAGACCACGGGCAAUGCCGGCAACAAUGCACCUCCAGCGCCUCCUCCUCCUCAUCACGGGGGACACGGGGAACGCAUCGAGGUCGCCUGCGAACGUAUGGACUCCUUCGAGCAACUAGCUGAUGCCCUUAGAGGGAAGUUUACUCCUGAACAACAAAUCACCCUUAAAGUUUCUCAUUCCAAUCUCAGGGAUAUAUCGUUACACGAUUUUAAACAGCUCAGGAUGUCAAUCACCAAGCUCGAACUAAAUCACGAUCAUCUCGGGCUCGUUGAGGGUAACGUUUUUGCUGGCUUGGAACGGACACAAUAUUUAAGUCUUGCUGAUAACGAUGUCCCAGCGAUACCAAGACACAUUUUAUCGCAUCUUUCGUUACUGAGGACUCUGGAUCUAAGCAGAAAUCACAUAAGUCGUAUCGAUCUUGAUGAUUUUAAGUAUAAUCCGACGUUGCAGCAUCUGUCGAUGGCAGGAAAUGCCAUCUCCGAGAUGGUGCCAGGUUCCUUACCACCGUUGGUGAAGCAUCUUCACGUAGGCCGAAACCGGCUUCACACUUUGAACCGCACUUUACGUGAUCUGAAUCAACUGGAAUGGUUGCUCAUAAAUUCGAACGAGCUCACGUCGUUGGACAGCGAAUUACCGUCCUCGGGGCACAAUUUAAAAAUGCUAUACGCCGUGGACAAUAAGCUGACUCAUCUGCCGAUGGAGUUUCGAUAUCUUCACCGUUUGGAAUCUCUCUUCCUUCAGCACAAUAAGAUACGUACAUUAAGCGGGGCUCUACAAAAGGCACGACGUCUCAAGUUUCUCGAGCUUUCCUACAAUGAUUUGCAAGAGUUGAAGGAAGAGGACUUCGUGGAAGUUGAGAUGCUGGAAGACCUCGAACUUGGACAUAACUCUUUGAAAUCUCUUGGUGGUAAUAACGAAGAUGGAAGUGGGGCCAAUAGUGCCCUUUACCCUCUAAGGUCUCUCAAAUGCCUCAAUUUAACACACAACGAGCUACGAGAGUUCUCAUUUGCUUCGUUACGCGGUUUGCGUGAGCUACGAUUACUCGAUCUUUCUAACAAUAGAAUAGCUCGGUUACGUAGAGGAAGAACACCAUCGGAGAAUUUAGUCGAAGAGGAAGGUGAUGAGAUAGCAGGUGGUAAUAUUCAGGACAUGCGACUACAACACAACGAGCUUAGAAAUUUAGAAGGUUCUCUAUUCGUCGGUAUGAAGGAACUUCAAAAACUCAAUUUCAGUCAUAAUGCGCUCGGUCCAAGGAUAUCACUUCGUGAUCUUCGUGGACUCGAUCGUCUUCGAAUUCUUGAUUUAUCUCAUAACGAACUUUCCAAUCUCGAGGAUACUUCUGAGACGUGGUUGCCUGCCUUGGAAGAAUUAAACGCUUCGCAUAAUCGUUUGAUUACGCUCUCUGGUCGAGAUUUCCGCGGUUUUCCUGUACUCUGCUGCGCAGACGUCAGUGCGAAUCAGAUACGAACACUAAUGCCGGAAUUGGUUGCAAAUACGCGUUGCACGAUUCACGGUGUCCCAGAUGUUCUACGUAUAUACCUUCAAGACAAUCCGGUACUAUGCGACGCGGGUCUGGCCGACCUGACUGUUGCCCUCGAGGUAAAUCAUGCAAAGGUUUACGGAGUUGCGAACAAUUGUGAAACAACGACAUCGUCAAUAAUACUGGAAUCAACGUCAUCUUUACCACCCUUACCACCGACACUUUUAUUGGCAGCUGCUGCGGCAGCCUCGGGGGCUAAUGUUUCCUUUGCAGCGACCCUCGAAUAAUCCUUCUUAAUAGUUAGAGGGAUUAAACUUGAUCGACCUGGAGUAAGUCAAUAAAAAGAAGCGAGUACAUCGCCUCGAAGGAGUUACUCGGUGUGUUUAUUCCGUACCUGGAAAGCACGAAGGAAAAGUAUCUCAAGUUCGUUCGGAGCCCAAUAGAACGAACCAGAAUCAUUUCGCCGAAAAUAUCGUCGAAAUAAUCUAACAUCACAUUCUGGUUAGUUAAACUCAAUAUACACAAUGACUGAGGAGAGAUUUCGUGUUGCUACCGAUAUUAGAAACAUAUCAAAUACUAGUACUUGUUAGUUCGUGAAAAUUGACGAAAUCAUGUCCUUUUUUUGGAUGACAUAUGUAUGUAAUAUAUAGGUAUAUACGGUAUUAAGAUCCCAAGGUAGUUUCAUUUUUGAUAUGCAAACUUACUUUUUUUCAAACGUAUGUAUCAUAUAUACCAUAAUAUAUAUAUAUAUAUAUAUAUGCAUACUACUAACGUGGUCUGUCUAGUUAAACAGAGAGAGAGAAUUGCUGCUUCUUGUAUACUAUUUUAAAUGUAUAUAACCUUGAAGCUUUUUGUUAAUCGAUAGAUAAACGCUUUUGAAAGAUGCUCUGUAUAUGUCGCCAAUUAUGUUAUAAUAGAAACAGUCGCAAACCCAUGUGCGAGUCUGUUAAUUAAUUAAAUAGAAUUUCAACGUCUUAACGAAUCAUAUUUAUUUUUCUAUACCGUCCGGCAGCUGAAUUA